AUGAGUACAGACUCGAUCGAAGUUGCCAUUAUAGGCGCCGGGAUCACGGGAAUCACCCUGGCCCUGGGCCUCCUGUCUCGCGGCAUUCCCGUCCGCGUCUACGAGCGAGCCCGCGACUUUCACGAAAUUGGAGCCGGCAUCGGCUUCACCCCCAACGCCGAAUGGGCGAUGAAAGUCGUUGACCCGCGCAUUCAAGCUGCCUUCAAACGCGUCGCUACCCCCAAUGCCUCCGACUGGUUCCAGUGGGUGGACGGAUUCAACGAGUCCGGUACCGACCCGCGCGAGACCGAGGAACAGCUACUCUUCAAGAUCUACCUCGGCGAGCGUGGAUUUGAGGGCUGCCACCGUGCCGACUUCCUAGGUGAGCUGGCACGUCUACUACCGGAAGGUGUGGUGACAUUCCAGAAGGCGCUGGAUACCGUGGAGCCUGCAGCAGAUAAUAGCCUCGGCCAGCUUCUUCGAUUCCAAGAUGGCACGACAGCUACUGCCCACGCGGUGAUCGGCUGCGAUGGCAUUCGGUCGCGCGUUCGCCAGAUCCUCCUAGGUGAAGACCAUCCGGCAGCAUCAGCACAUUACAGUCAUAAAUAUGCAGCACGUGGCCUUAUUCCCAUGGACCGCGCCCGGGAGGCGCUGGGCGAAGAUAAAGUGGCGACACGCUUCAUGCAUCUCGGUCCGGAUGCCCAUGCCCUGACCUUCCCUGUUAGCCAUGGGUCAUUGUUGAACGUCGUCGCCUUCGUCACGGACCCUAACCCCUGGCCAUAUGCUGAUCGCUGGACAGCACAGGGGCCCAAGGAAGACGUGACGGCUGCCUUUUCCCGCUUUGGUCCGACCAUGCGCACCAUAAUUGAUCUCUUGCCUGAUCCUAUUGAUCAAUGGGCCGUUUUUGAUACAUACGACCAUCCCCCAAAUACGUAUUCCCGGGGAGCUGUCUGUAUAGCAGGGGAUGCUGCUCAUGCUGCGGCUCCGCAUCACGGUGCAGGUGCAGGUUGUGGUGUGGAAGACGCGGCUGUGCUGUGCGCUGUGCUUGAUAUGGCUGCGAAAAGGGUUGACACCGCAAAAGAUGGUACUGAGGGGAAAGCCGCUCUUAUCACGACCGCAUUCGAGACCUAUGAUGCGGUUCGUCGCGAGCGUGCGCAGUGGCUGGUGGAAAGUAGUCGCGUUAUCGGUAAUCUGUAUGAGUGGCAGGAUAAGGAGGUAGGGUCGGAUGCUUCCAGGUGCCACGAUGAGGUGUAUUGGCGCUCUCAUCGCAUUUGGGACUAUGAUAUUGAUGCGAUGAUGAGAGAGACAGCUGAGGUGUUUGAGGUGCGGGCAGCUGGGGUGGCGAGAAAUUAG